AGCUACUUUGGUACAAGCAAGCUCGAAAGCAUCAUGAAGCUGUUCCUAGCACUCGCGUUUGUCGCAAUGGCAGCCGCCGCUCCCGAGCCGGUCCGUCUGCCCGAGCCUGCCAAGCCUAUGGUAGCUGAACCAAGCGACGUCCAAGCCGACCCAGUAAGGUUCGUCGACGAAGUUCAACAAGAUGCUCCAGUAGUUGAUGCCGUUAAAAUCGCUGAUGCACCAAAAGCUCAGGAAGUUCAAGUUGACGCGGUGAAAUUUGUCGACUUGGCCGAAGAUACUCCCACAGUAGAUGCCAUCAAGAUUGCUGAAGCACCAGCAGAAAUUAAGGUCAAAGUCGAUGCCGUCAAAUUCGUCGACUCACCUCAACCAGAGGUGGUUGAACCUAUCUUAGCUGACCCUGUCAAAAUUUACACACCAUUCGAACUCGCCCGUGGCGCGCAACCUAUCCAGUCCGAUGACUCUAUAUUUGUUCACGCACCCCUUGUUCAAUUUCUAAAUAUCCAAGAAGAAGCGAAAGCUGAUGCUGUGAAUUUCGUAGAAUCGCCCGUCGAGCAGAAAGUGGUAAAAAUCGCAGAAUUGCCUGCUCCUAUUGUGCUACAAGCAGCUCCCUUGCCCGUAGUCAGAGACGCCCAAUUCGAUGGUGUCAAGUUCGUCGACCAAGUUGGGGCAUCUCCACUGGAAAUGCAGCCUAUUCUGCCUAUCGACCCUAACACGAAGGUCGUGCCCCAGCAAGUUAUGGAUAUCAUCAUGAUUGCUGAAAAUAUUUUGGCAGACCAUCAAAGACAGGUUGAUAUGGGAAAUAUUGUUGUUGAUCCCAUGUUGAGAUAAAUAUUUCAUGUUUUUCAGUUUUAAAAUAAAGAUUUAAUAUCAUUUUA